GCCUGCCUUGCAGAAAAAGCCCAAAAGCAAGUUUCAGCAACCAUCUAGCUAGAUGCAAAUGCGCAAAGAAUUAUUUUCCUCCGAUGUUCUCCGGUCAAAGUGGCGAUGUAGCGUUACACUAUCCACACGCAGUUUAACGCGUGCGUUUAAUAGGACUAAACUAUAUGUUACAAAAUAUCGAUUGGAUAAUUGAAGCUGCUGUAUAUGGGAACGAGUAACUCUCUCGGCUUAAACGAUGAUUAUAAUUAAAUUAAAGCAGUUCAAGGGCUUGUCAUCGUGUUGGUGGAAAAUAUCGUCAGUUCUUCUCUGUAACAGCCUUUAGCCAGUCAUCACCUCUACUGCUCAAGCUUUCGGAAUAAACAAAUUGAUAAUAAAUUUGGUAGAUUUGACGUCUAAUCAAGUCUCCGUUGGACCUAGAUGUUGCUUGGCAAUCCUUGUACUUUCAAAUGUGGAUCACCAUGGCAACCGUGUAUUCUCUGAUAUCUCUCCUUGUCUGCAUUCACCAGACGUCAGCAUCUUCUUCAAGUCAGAUAAAAAGGGCACAUCCGCAUGCUCCAUCAUCGUCCACAUCACUCCUUUAUUCUUCAUCGUCGCCAUCGUCUAUGUCAUCAUCGUCGAUGUCAUCAGCAUCGCCUCAGCUAUCAACCAUGCUAAAUACUACAUCACCUACAUCAAUGAUAUCAACCAUGAUAUGGGCAUCGAGUAUUAAUGAUAUGCAGCCAUCGACAAGGGGGCAGACGAGUAGGUCGUGGUCGGUAUAUCCGUCACCGAAGGCGACGUCGAAGACGAUCAAUGCACCAUCGUCAACGGAUCCAUUGUUUGUGAUGACUUCAUCAUUUUAUGAAGGAAAUCUGAACUCCUCUACCAUGUCUACGAACUUUUGGGACGGCGACAUGUACACCAUGACGACGGAAGAGAUCUGGCUAUCAACAUUAGACCAAGAUGCUGAGAUCACCACAGCUACGCCAGUAUCACAAAUACCAAUAACAUUGACAUCACAACCACCAGCAUCACAGAUGUCAUCAUUGUUGUCACCAUCAACAAUGUCAUCAGCAGCGUCACCAUCAACCCGAGUAACCAUAUCAUCACAACAACCGUCAACGUUGAUACCGUCUUCACCGCCAUCAACGCCAAUACCAUCAUUUUCAUCAUCACCGUCAUUAUCAUCAUCAUCACAAUCAACACCAUCAACACCAAUACUAUCAUCAUCAGCAACACCAAUGCCAUCAUCAUCAUCAUCAUCAACAUCAUCAUCAUCAACAUCAUCACCAAUAUCAAAACCAUUAACACCAAUUCCAUCAUCAUCUAUCGGUAACCAUAGCAUUAAUCAAAGCCCAUUCUCGACACCUCCUCCACCAUCCGCCAUUCCCUCCCCUUCUCCUUCGGGUGCUAUGUCGGAUGCUGCAGAGACAAGAACAUCCACGUAUACUCACUCGAUUACCAUGUUUCCACCUUCAACGUACGAGUCCGACCGGGUCACCUCUUCAGUGGUGGGUAGUAGCACCGGUGUUUCCGCCAGCGUGUCAAUGACCUCAAGCACGACACAUAACUUCAAUGGAUCAGUGCCGAUAUCAGCUACACAAUCAAUGUCCCCUUCGUUUGAAAUCAUCUCGUCUUUCUUUGAUUUAAAUGUAACAUCCUUCGUGGAAUCAUACACGAUUCUAAUGACAGCAUCGGCUGAUGUCAACGUGUCUGUAGAGUCUCCUCAACCAACGAUGCAAUUAUUCACUCAGUUGAUUUCUUCAGAAACUCCGGAAAUACAAUCAACUCCGAUUUCCUCAGAUUAUCACAUGCCGAUGCCUUCAUCAGCUUCACCCAUUGCAUCAUCGUCAAACGUUCUCCUGAACGCAUCCAUGAGUGACAUCCCCUCUGCAAUGCCAUCCACGUCGAGCAUUACUGCCAGUACUGCCAAUCCGGCAUCGCAUAUCCCACCAACAGAAUCAGCAUCAACAGAAGCAACCACUGAUGGAAACAAAACCACACCGGGAGUGUACUACCCAGUGAAAUGCACCAUCAAAUUAGAUGGAGACUGUCAUCAAGUCAAGGCGAAAGAGGACGCCUUCAAAAGCAAUUUUAUUGAGUCAAUAUCCUCUUUGAUGUCUCUAGACCGUUCCAGGAUAUCAGUCAACAGUGUGAAAUGUGGCUCUGUCGUUGUGGACUUCACGCUGCAGGACACCGCGGAUUUUGCCUUCGCAGAGGAUCUCUACGGCUAUAUGGACUCGACUGGCAUCACUGUGCGUUUCGACAAUCAGACCCUGACAGCAGAGACAAUCGAUUUUCACGACGGUCCGUACGCUCCGACCACACUGAAGCCAUCGGAAGCCCCACCGGUAUCAGACGACGAUGAGGGCGGGCUGACUUUCGAACAGCAGCAGAGACUGAUAUACAUCCUCAUCGGCGUCGUGGUUGGCUUCGUGAUUUUACUGGCCAUCAUCCUUGUUGUCCAUCACGUGGUUAGGAGGACCUGCAGUAAGAGUCAACAGUCCUUCGAUCUUCAGGACGAACCCUGCAUCAAGCUGACUGACUUCAACAUGGCGCACACCUGCAUUCCUAGACCUCGAAGUAUCUACAGCUCCAUUGGGGCAGAUGGAAGGUUCUUCCGGUACGACAAUCGAGAGGACAAUAGUUAUCCACCUGCCAGUCCGACGUCAUUCAUUUACGCCGACUCACGGGACAUCAAAGAACAUUAUCACGAGGUCAUUGACCCGGAUGACCACGACCCUUCGACUGCUGACAUGCAGAAUCAAAAGGACUUUGGACGGAGUGGUCUUCCGGAAUGGAACCUUCCAGUCGUAGAUGGUGCUUCUGCUGUGUCCCCAGAUCUCCUGAAUACUAUCGAUUCCCACCAUUCAAGUCACCCGUCGACAUCGUCUGAUACAUUCCGACCGCCGUCCGCCGCCUCGUCAACCAUCAAUAACCCGCCGGUUUUUUCACCACCCGCUCCCCCUCCUCCACCGCCUCCACCGCUGCCCACCCCUAUCAUACAGAGUGGAACGCUCCGGUCUCGACACAGCUGCGAUGCAGGCUCAGAGAUGACGGACUCGUCAGGCGAUACCAACACGCUGACAAAGGGGAGUUCAGACGUUGGCGCGUCGAUGAUGGGUAUAGAUAAUCCACUGAUGACCCCGGAAGAAUAUUAUGAUAUCCCGGGUCCAAGUACAUCCGGUAGAAUGUCAAGAUAUAUCGUACGCUAGUUAAUUAAGUUAUAUAUCUUUUACACGAGAAAAAUUACUUAAUGUUCAAUUCGCAUUUAUUUUCGUGUCAUAAUCAUAGUUGCAAGAUGUUUGACCCCUUCGUUCGCUGGCAUCAGUCAUUUGUCAUUUAGUUCUCUAGAGAAAGGAGAUGCGUCCAUUCCACUUUUGACUUAUUCCAUCUUAAGGACACCACUUUAAAAAUCACCGCCUUGUUUUUUAAUCUGUGAUCACAAAGCACCCGUAAUGCUGUAUUGUUUAAAAAAUGUUAUAGGCCUCUUAUCUUCACGAUCUUGGGAGUUUUUAUAUUUUUGUAGUAUUUUUAUAUUUCUUGAUAUUUGUAUAAACGAGAUAAUUUGUGUUUCCAAGAAGACUGUGAAAGGAAUAUUUUGUCGAGAAAAGAAAAUAUUCGUCUUUGAUAAAGUCCGUGUUUCAUGUCUUGAGAAGCGUGCCUUUGUAACCCUUCUGGUGACUUUAUUUUCUAACCGUCAUCGUGUCUUAUAUAGCAAUUUAUGUCAGUGCACUGCACCGUAUUCUGUUAGGGCAAUGUCUCGAUGUUACAUCUUGUACAUGUUGUGUGUGUGAGUGAGGAGGCAUUUUAUGUGUGUGUGCAACAGAUAAUUACUGUGUGUUUUUAUAUAUAAUGACUUUUUGCUCUACACAGUUUAAAAUUACUGAUUAGUAAGUUGUUUUCAAAGAAGAGCACUAUAGCUAGCAACAAGUGAUGGUGGAUCCAGGAUUAUAUUCGUCAGUUUGUCAUCAAAAUCCAGUACUCUUGUUUAUAUCAAAAUGUAAUAGAUAGAUUUUUUUUUUAUGAAGAAAUAAAAAAGAGAGCGGUUUUUAAAAUCUAUACCGUUAUAGAGACGUCUAAUUAAAUUGUGUAGUUAAGAUAUUAUCUUGACAAGUUUGUGGAAUUAAAUGGAAUUAAAGCUCAUAGGCCUUGAACUAUUUUAGACAUACAGUGUGUUUCCAUUUCGAAUGUUACAUCAGAAAUACAAGCAUGUGACACAGUGAUAUAUAUAAUUAUGUAAAGUAUAAACAUUUAUUAAUUUCUUUUAUGAUUUUCUGCUGCAUUAUUGCUCUCAAAAUACAUACAGUAUAUAUUUACAUAUAAUUUCACACUGCACAUGAUAAUACAUCGAUAAAUAUUCCAAUUACUGUACCUGAGAAGUAGAACAAAACGAGCAAAUCAAUGGUUCAAGUUCAGAUAUAAUGAUUCUAAAAUGAAGCGAGAGGGCUAAUUAUGAUAAGCAAUCCAGAUCCCUUGUCCUUUACCAUGUUUAUCCGAACCAAAAGCAAUCUAUCGUCACAAUCACCUGUGCUCAUUUUCUCAAAAUGUUACUCUAUAAUCUUAAAUAUUAUCAUCUUUCACCAACUUAA